AGGUCUCUGAACAGCUGAAAAAAAGAGAAGAAGAAGACAACUACAUUUUCAACGCUGUCAUUGCUGUGGUCAGAGACAUUGAAUCUGACUGCUGUUGUUGUAGAGCCUGGGUUCGUUAAGACAUUGGUCAUUUUUUGUUGUUGUGAAUAAUGUACGUCUUGUGCGUAUGGUUAAACAUAACAGAUGUAGCUUAGACGCUUUGGUUCACAUCUAUCGUUUGAGAAGUGCUGCUUGCUAGCUGAGAUUAGCGUGAAGCUGGAAGGUUUAAUGCAUGGGCAGUUAGCAUUUAAUAUGACUAAAUUAAUGGCGAUUAUGUCAUACAGUGAGUAACAGCAACCCUAUAAUCAUGGACCAUCAGUGUGUAGGGGGUUUACACAAUAAUUUACCAGUGUUGAAACAAGCAGACUGAGUAAACGUAACGUGCACAUUUUCUUUUCCAGUGAAUUCUGAGUAGCCUGUCAAUGACAAGGUUUUGGCUUCAAAAUGGUCAUGACUGUCAAGCAACCUCUGACAAGGGCUGUUCCGUUUCCCAAAAUCACCUUGCCGUUCGUUCUGAAGUUCUACUGACGUGUUCAAAGCACACGUAGCUAGUCGAGUGGCUGCAGCAGCCAAUGCAAAUUUCCUUUGUGCUGUGUUUUGGUAGGGGAGGUUGUUCAGUGUUUUGUGUACAAAAUGCCGAGAAAUAGUUCUAGAUACAAGGCACUACAUACAGGUAACGGCGGUACGACCUCCGUUUGUGAACAAGUCCGCAUGCCUCGUAUGCGGGUUUUGGUCAUCUGUCUCUGCGGUGCGUUUGUGCUUGCUAUGAUCUUGGGAAUAUACCUGUCAAAUGAGGCAACCAACUCCAGAAUUCUGUCAGCAGAUCUCAUUAAAGACAAGCUCAAUCAUAAGCCUAGCAAGUUAUCCCUGGCCCAGGUACGCAAACUAGCUGCCCAGGUAGACAUAUCACGUCUGUGGGAGAAACAUCUGAGGCCAUUCUUGAUAGAGAGGCUUCCAGGAACGCCAGGCAGCCAAGCUGUGAGACAGCACAUCAAGUCUCAGCUCUCGUCCCUACUGACGGGCUGGACAGUCGAGGAGGACCUCUUCAAAUCAGCCACUCCACGAGGCCUGGUCACCUUCACCAAUGUCUUGGCUGUACUGGACCCCUCAGCCCCCCGACGCCUCCUUCUGGCCUGUCACUAUGACUCCAAGUUCUACCCACCGGACCCAAAGCACCCCAAACAUGUGUUUCUGGGGGCGAGCGACUCAGCAGUUCCCUGCUCCAUGAUCCUUGAACUUGUUACAGUUCUAGAUGUGCAGUUGAACGCCCUUAAACAACAGCGGGCUGCUGUGACCCUUCAGCUGGUCUUUUUUGAUGGAGAAGAGGCAUUUGAGGAGUGGACAGACACUGAUUCUAUCUACGGCUCUCGCCACCUGGCUGAGCGCAUGGCCCACACGCCGUAUCCCGCCCCCACCUCUCGCACCAACCUACUGCAAGCAGUGGAUUUGUUUGUUUUACUGGACCUGUUGGGUGGGCCUGAUCCACUGAUUGUCAAUCACUUUGACAACACAGCUCAUUGGUUUGACCGUCUCAUAGCUGCAGAGAAGAGAUUGCACAGGCAGGGCCUGUUGUUUUCCCACCUGUCUGAACAGAGCUACUUCAGGAAGGAUGUGUAUCUGGGCCCUGUGCAGGACGACCAUAUCCCCUUCUUACAUAGGGGUGUUCCAGUGCUUCAUGUUAUACCCACGCCAUUCCCACCAUUUUGGCACAAAAUGGAGGAUGAUGAGGAGAGGAUGCACCGGCCCACUGUGGAAAACCUCACUAAAAUCAUGGCCAUCUUCCUGGCAGAGUACUUGGGCCUUUAAACACACACACACACACACACACACACACAGAGCCUGACUCAGGAACACUGCAAUACUGAAAGUACGUACCUCUCUAUGUGUCUGCCAAGAAGUUGUGAUUGGGGUCUGACUUUCAUUUGGAUGGACACAUGUUCAGGGCGAAUUAAGUUCAAACUUUGUGCACCAAUUCUCAAUCUGAUUUAUGGAGGCAGAACUAUUUGAUUUAUGGAGGCCGAAUAGUGGUUUCUGUUGUCAAGUUGUGGGAAGGUUGUGAACAGACAGUUUCCUUGUUUUUGGUUGAUUUCACUUCAUUGCACUAGCAGCUGUCCUCCUGAUGUCUCCUCACAACGUGCCAGUCAUGUCUCAUCAUGUCCUUGAGACUAGGAUUGUGCUAACCUUUUUAUGGUACUACAGCUCACAAAAGCACAUACUGGAAAGUUACCAGCUAAAUGGGAGGAAAUACGCUGAUUAUUGUUUUCUUAAGAUUGUUGUGUAUACACUGAAUCAGCAUUCCCCACUCCCUUCUUUCCACAACUGAGCUACAUGUGUGUUUAAGGUUAAAAAAAUGAGAAAUAUUUAGAAUAAUUAGAUGUCAACAAUUUGCCCUUCUUAGAAGUACAGCGGGUCUUUUUCAUGUUAUUCUAUGUGGUGGUGUAAUCCCGUUUUUUUUUUUUUUUUUUUUUAUACCUGUUUCACAUUAUUUAGACCAAGUGUGAACUGAACUUAAAAGAAACUGUGAAGAUAUCUCACACUAACCUCUGCUAUACAUUCUACCUUCUUGAUAUAUGUAAGCAGUUUAUAAUUAAUGGAGACAUUUUCUCAAAUUGACUCGAUAAGUAGACUAAAAUUGAAUAGUAAUAGAAUGAAAAGUAGUUAUGAUGAAUUAACACAGUGACAGUGCAAUUACAGCUGUACAUUAUGCAAGAAGUCCAUUAAGUAAGACAUGUAUACACUUGUGCCAACUUAGUCAAACACUGUUUGACUGUUGUUUUAAUUGGAGCCUUUGUAAGUGUACAUAGUGAUCCACCACCUUUGCUUACAAUUGUUGGCACAUACAUUUGGCAUGAGUCUAUGUACUUUACUUUGUCAUUAACUAGCUGUUUUUAAAAUAAAUAUGUUGGCAGCUGAAAGUUAAAUGUACACAAUAAGACUCUAUACCCUGACAUCUCAAAAAGUUAUGAUUGAGCAGUGAAACAUAUGUUUUUGGAAAUUGCCCUCUACACUGAUUUUGAAAGAAUUAGAUUCAGCAUAUUAGGUACUUACUGACACUUUCUCUCUAGGAUUAAAAAUGUAAUAUUAAGAUGGUCUGAUUUGAUACUACAUAUUGCUUUGAACUCAAUAUUACAUAUUACACACGCCACUGCUCAGAUAUUCAUAUUUUAAGAUUAAUUAGGCAGUCUCCCUGCACUGUCAUGACAUAUGCUGUUACCAUUUUUUACAUGAACACAGAAGUCCACGAAUAUGCUGUUCAGUACAACCAUAUCUUCGUGCCAGUUUCUGCGUUUGGAGACUAUUGGGAUUUGACUGGAAUUUAGGCAGCACGUCAGAUUACACAAAGGUGUUGUGAUUUACUGGAAGGCUCUAGAAAUAGGUAAACCAUUUCAACAUGAUGCUGAGCUUUUGUAAAAGAUCACCCCCAUUAAGCGAUGGUUAUAAAUGUUUAUUACAAUGACAUAACUGUAUAUAAAAAAUAAAAUGCCUUUUAAAUGUACAAAACAGCUAUGUUUCAGAAGAAAAAACAACAGGAAAAAUCCCUUUACUAAAACCGUUCAAAUAAGUGUCUUUGGUUGAUGGAAGUAUAUGUUUAUGUGCAUGUGUGUAAGAUGUGACAAUAGCAACAACCAUGAAAUGGACAGGAAAAAAAGAACUGAAGGGAUGAAUAAAACAAGACAAACAUUGUAGACAUGAUUCAAGAACAGAUGUACACUUUUUACAUUCUGUAACAGCAUUUCAUUGUACACGCAAACACACACUUUCCCUUAAUCUCCAUACAGUAUAAUGAAUGAAGGAGUAUGAUUAGACAAACAUGCUUGAAGGAGUCAUUUCCAAUAUAAAAGGCAAUGAAACAACAACUUUGGCGAGGAAAUGGUUCACAUCCUAUCACAAGCAUACACUUACAGCAUACCUAAUGACUGACAGGUGUCCUUUAAUUUUUGAACUAUGAAAACUCAGACUGUAGUUUGACUGGAACCACGUGGUUAUGGAUAAAUACAAUGGUUCCUAUGUAGACUUCCAUUCAGUACAUUCUUUUCCUGCACAGAGAACACAAGUGAAAUAUGACUACUACAUAUGCUAAACAAAACAAAUAUUUCAGGAAAAAUAAACAAAAUUAUAACAAUAAACAGCUGAGACAGGGGAUAAAGAGGAGUGUCUCGGUUGAGCCACCUGGUCUUUGACACAGAAGAGAAAAA